CCCAGAGAAUUGUAAUACUUCUGAAGUAAUAUGCAAAUCCUGUAGAAUUCGGUUUAAGUGGUACAAUUUAUAUUCUAAUAACAAAAAUUUGCAGCGGUUCUUUCAAGUUUUAAUAGAGACAGAGACAAGGUCGGAUACCAUGGAUGCACGUGGACACGAAUGUGGUCUCGAUGAACAGCGUUCACCCAUCUCAUUCGAUGAAAUCGAAAGGCCACCAUUACGUCGUAUCGAUAAAUGUAUUCGUGCCCAAUUGCCAUGUUUUUCGGCGAGAUAUACUGUAGCGGUGAUGACUUUUUUUGCAUUCUUAAUAUCAUUCGGAAUUAGGUGCAACUAUUGUAUGGUCAAAUUAGCGGUGAGAGAUAAUCGAUAUGAAGACAAUAAUUUCAACCGAACAAAUUGGGAGAGUGUCAUAGACUCGUCAUUUUUCUGGGGAUAUCUAGUAACGCAAAUACCGGGCGGUUUUCUCACCUCAUUCUAUCCGUCAAAUAGGAUAUUUGGUGCUGCCAUCAUCGCUUCGUCGAUUUGCAAUUUAUUUAUUCCUUUAGCAAUUGACAUUAGCAAAUACGUUCUGAUUGUCGUGAGAUUUAUCCAAGGUGCAGUUGAGGGAGUCACUUAUCCAGCCUUGUACGGAAUAUGGAGAUUUUGGGCUCCGCCACUUGAGAGAUCUAGACUUGUCACAAUAGCUUUGAGUGGUUCUUACGCAGGUGUCGUAGUUGGUCUGCCGGUUUCUGGAUACCUAGCCUAUCUGAAUUGGAGGGCACCGUUUUAUUUCCAUGGCAUAGUCGGAAUGUUAUGGUUUACAGCGUUCUUUUGGCUAGUUUUUGAGAAACCCCGAAAACAUCCAACAAUAGACGUGUCCGAACUGAAUUACAUAGAGAAAUCUUUAGGAAAGUCCGUACAUCAAGCAAUGCCGUCAAUACCAUGGCAACACAUCAUUCGGUCGCCACCAGCUAUCGCAAUUGUUGUUGCGAAUUUCUGCCGAUCGUGGUGUUUCUAUAUGUUAGUGUUGUAUCAGAGCGCUUAUUUAAAACAAAUUUUCGCAUUUGAUACAGCCCAAGCUGGAUUGGUCGGUGCAUUACCUUAUUUAUCAAUGGCAAUCAUUAUACCAUUCGGUGGCGUGAUGGCUGAUUAUUUACGAAAAUCUGGUGCGAUGACCACGACGGGUGUGAGAAAAUUAUUCAAUUGUGGCGGUUUUGGAUUCGAAGCCUUAUUUCUCGUCCUAGUGGCCUUUUCGAAUACAGCGGGAAAAGCACUGACAUUUCUAACGUUUGCUGUUGCGUUCAGUGGUUUUGCCAAAUCCGGGUACAACGUGAAUUGCUUGGACAUCGCGCCCCGGUACGCCAGUAUUCUCAUGGGCAUAUCGAAUACCAUUGGAACAUUAGCUGUUUUUAUAUGUCCUAUUGUCAUUGAUCACAUCGUAGAAGAUAGGACACCGUGGAGUUGGUCAAACGCAUUCCUUAUAACUGCCUGUGUUCACUUAUUUGGUAUUGUAUUUUAUGGAAUUUUUGCAUCCGGCGAGCUUCAACAUUGGGCCGAGCCACCAGUUGAAGAGAAACAAGAUUGGAGUCCUACGAAAGCAGAAAUAACCGAAGAGACUGCCUAUAAUGGGACUCAAGCGGACAUGCUGACAAACAAGCCAACAAAUAAUUAAGAGGUAAUGCAGCCAAACUCAACCAACCCCUACGCCUAUGCCAAUUCAAUUCAAUGUUAGAACAAUAAGCUGUGCAACCUGUGGGGAAAUACACUUAAGCAAUUUAAUUUUGAAUUUGAGAAUCUCCAGUACGGAAAUAUUUACAUCUAAGCUUUAGAGUCUAAAGUAGUCUAAAAACACGUCGCCCAAAAACCACUUACAGUCACCGCUCGGACAGCUAGCUGUUGUUGAUCGAGUAACGCAUCUCCACAAAAUGAUUAAAAUGAUGACAAAGCAUAGUUUUGACAUUAGACUCAACCGUACCGUUUAUCAACGCUCGUCGAGAAGAAUGGGUCAAGUCUAUGAUUUGCAACUUCAUCCUUCUCUCCGACAGUCAAUCAACGAAUACAAUAGACUUAAUUCCGAGCUGCGACAGUGCAAUAACAUUGAGAUUUUUCUAUCAAAGGUGAAGCUUAAGAGUCAUAUCGCCAAGACUUCAGGCGAUUGGGGAAC